CACACAAAAAGAAACAGGGGACACAGGGCACACAAGGGGACACAGAAAACACUGGGGACACAAAGGGACAUAAGGGAACUCAAGGGACACAGGGGACACAAGGGACACAGGGGGCACAAGGGGACACAGGGGACAAAAGCGAACACAGGGGACACAAAAGAACACAAGGGGACAAUGGGGACACAAGGGGACACAGGGGACACAUGGGAAAACAAGGGACACAGGGGACACAAGGGUCAUAGGGGACACAAGGGGACACAGGGGACACAAGAAACCACAGGGGACACAGGGAACACAAGGGGACACAAGGGAGCUCAAGGGACACAGGGUACGCAGGGACACAAGGGACACAAAGGGACAAAUGGGAAAACAAGGGACACAGGGGACACAAAAGAACACAAGGGCACGCAGGGGACACAAGGGACACAAGGGGACACAGGGGAAAACAGGGGACCCAGGGAACACAGAAAAACACGAGAGGACAAGGGCCACACAAGGAACAGAGGGCACACAAGGCAACAGAGGGAACACAGGGAAAAGAAGAACAGAGAGCAGACAGAAGGAACAGAGGGGACAUACUGGACCGAUAGGUCGAGACUACAGGUAAGGAGGGACAGCGAGAACGAAUGAAGGCUAUGCAACAUAUCUGACAACAAGGGCGCCAAGGGCCAUGACAGCGGAUCACUGGACGCAUGGAGAAUAAGGGGCACAAGGGGACCCAUGGGAAACCAAGGGACACAGGGGACCCAAAAGAACACAAGGGGACAAUGGGGACACAAGGAACACAGGGGACACAAGGGUACACAGGGGACACAAGGGACACAAGGAACCACAGGGGACACAAUGGACACAGGGGACACAGGGAACAAAGGGGACACAGGGAACAAAGGGGACACAGGAAACACAAGGGGACAAAGGCGACACAGGGGACACAAGGGACACUGGGCACACAAGGGGAUACAAGGAACAGGGGGAACAAAGAGGACACAGGGGACACAAGGGACACAAGGGAACACAGCAGACACAGGGGACACUAAAGAACACAAGGGGACACGGGGCAGACAAAAGGAAACAGGGGACAGAAGGGACACAAGGGGACACAGAACACACAGGGGACAGAAGGGACACAGGAAACACAAGGGGACACUUGUAAUCAAAACAGGGGACACAAGGCGACACAGGGGGCACAAAGGACACAAGAGGACACAAGGGACACAGGGGACACAAGGGGACACAGGGAACAGAGGGGACACAAGAAACACAAGGGGACACAGGCGACACAAGGGACACAGAGGACACAAGGGACACAAGAGACACAAGGGGACACAACGGACACAGGGGACACAAAGAACACAGGAAACACAAGGGGACACAGGCAAAACAGAGGACACAAGGGGACAUGAAGGACACCGGGGGCACAAGGGACACGGGGGACACAGGAGGACACAAGAGACACAAGGGGACACAGGGGAUGCAAGGGGACAAAGGGGACACAAA